AGAUGUUCUGCGUUAAGUUACUCUCAAAUUAAUCUCUAUCGCGAUUUUGCAACAAACCACUAAAAUUAUCCUUUUCUCGUGAGGAAUGUUUGCCACCGCGAUCCGUAGUUUUCGCUUCUGCAGAAACACUGCUAUUCUUAGAAACAGUGCUGUCCGGUCCUCGUUCAAAUCCGGCGAGAUUUACGACAGAAAAUGGUCAUUGAAAUCAGAUCCAUUCGUGAACUUCGUUCCACCGUGGAUUGUCAUGAAGAUUGGGAUGCUGGGUAAACCGUUCGCUGUUAUGGUUGGUCGAGGUCUGCGUGGACGCUAUAAGAAGAUGCCAAAAGGUGACCGAGAUAAGCUCCACAGGAAGUUGGUGCUGGUGUUCUCAGGCUCAGUAGUUGCGGGAGUUCUUCUGUAUCUUUCGCAUAUCGAAGAAGCGCCCUUAACUGGACGGAGGCGAUUCGUUCUCGUUUCUAGAGAAACUAUUCUGGAAAUGGCUUCUGAAGAAGGCAAUAUGUUGGCGCUUCAGCUUGGGAGCAAAAUUUUACCGCCGUCGCAUCCUAGUUACGCUACAGUGAGAAGAGUUGCCAGCAAGCUUCUCGCUCAAGCUCCGAAGAUGAAUAUGGAUCGAGAUGAGUGGAAAAUUUCGGUUGUUCAAGGAGAAGACAUGAAUGCCUUUGUUCUGCCUUCCGGAUGGAUUUUUGUUUUCACCGGAUUGUUGGACAUUUGCGAGAAUGAUGAUAGGUUGUCAAUCAUUCUUGCGCAUGAAAUCGCCCAUUGCCUGAUCGGACAUCAACAAGAAAUGGCUAGUCAAGCUACGCUUCUUCAGUUCUUGCUCUUCAUCCCAUUGCUGGCGCUAUGGAUGGUGUUGCCGACGGACAGCGUUUCGGUGCUUUCUGGUAAAGUCGCCGAGAUGAUCUCCGACUUCUUCUUGAAGCUGCCUCACAAUCGAACGAUGGAACGAGAAGCUGACUUCGUCGGGCUUCAGCUUUCCGCCGACGCAUGUUACGAUGUGAGAGAAGCUGUGAUUUUCUGGAAGAUGAUGAUGUUACACGAGAAGUCAAAUUCAGCACCCGCGGUGCCAGAACUCCUCAGCACGCACCCAUCUCACGAGUCGCGGUUGGCAACUAUUGAGCGUCUUCUACCCGAAAUGUUGGAACGUCGCGCGGAUAAAGGUUGUCCGAUUUUAAACAGACGAGACAUGAGUCGAAUUUUCAAUGCACUCGACGAGGCGGCCUCUCGAUCAGAAAAAAAUGGAGUCCCAAUUGACUGGUCUGAAUUAUCACCGAGGUUGAAAUCUAACCACGUCGCGUUGAAAUACGACUGCAAAAUGUCGCACGAGAAUGUGAGUCGUAAUUUGCUGAAUGUGCAACAUUUGGUCGGUGAUGCGGAUGUUGAGCAACUAUUGGGAAUGGCAAACAGAGCGAGCCUUUCGGAACAGCCGAUUCCUGUUCUUCCCGGGUUGGGCUUUGAUGAAAGCAUUUUACGGAACUUGCCGUCUAUUGCCAGAAGUUUUUCAGCAGGAGGAUCCGGAGUUGGCGAAAAUUUCUCCACAAGAGAAGAUCAGGAGAACCCAGAUCUUGAAUACAAUGAUCAAGAGGACGACGAUAAUGAGGAUGAAGGAGACGAAAACGCCAGCGGGUCUCGUGCCAAAGGCGCUGACAGCGAAAGUUCGGCUGGCGGUGGAAAUUCUUCCAAGAAAAAUCGGCAAGGAAAGGCCGUCCGUUUGAGUGUCAAUGCUCGCGAAAGACGUCGGAUGCAUGAUUUGAACGACGCGUUGGAUGAGCUUCGCUCCGUAAUCCCUUACGCUCACUCGCCGUCCGUACGAAAGCUUUCAAAAAUUGCAACCCUGCUUCUUGCCAAGAACUACAUUCUGAUGCAAGCGAACGCUCUGGAAGAAAUGAGAAAUUUGGUCGUUUUCCUGCAGCAACGCUCUGGAAUCGCGAUUGCCUCUUCAGGACUCGCAGCUUUAUUUCUCUCGUAA